AUGCCCACAGAGGGGUUUGAUGAGGACUGCUGGUUCUUGAACAGAUCUCCAAAGAGGAGAAUAGUGGUUAGAAACGACUCCUUAGUGACUGAAUUUCUUCUUGCUGGCUUAACAGACCGUCCAGAGCUCCAGCAACCCCUCCUUUUCCUGUUUCUGAUGAUGUACAUUGUCACCAUGGUGGGCAACCUUGGCUUGGUCACUCUUAUUGGUCUAAAUUCUCACCUCCAUACCCCCAUGUACUAUUUCCUCUUCAACCUAUCCCUCAUUGAUCUCUGUUACUCUUCUGUUUUCACCCCCAAGAUGCUGAUGAAGUUUGUAUCAAGGGAGAAUAUCAUCUCCUAUGUUGGCUGCAUGACUCAGCUGUUUUUCUUUCUCCUUUUUGUCAUCUCAGAAUGCUAUAUGUUGACCUCCAUGGCCUAUGAUCGCUAUGUGGCCAUCUGUAAUCCACUGCUGUGUAAGGUAACCAUGUCCCAUCAGGUCUGUUCCUCACUAGCUAUUGCUGCAUAUACGAUGGGGUUUGGGGGCGCCUCCGCCCACACGGGGUGCAUGCUCAGACUAACCUUCUGCAGUGACGUCAUCAACCAUUACCUGUGUGACAUUCUUCGUCUCCUCCAACUCUCUUGCAGCAGCACCUAUGUCAAUGAGGUCGUAGUUCUGAUAGUCGUGGGAAUUAACAUCACAGUACCCAGCUUUACCAUCCUAAUUUCUUAUGUCUUUAUCCUCGCUAGUAUUCUUCAUAUCAAAUCUGCUCAAGGAAGAUCAAAAGCCUUCAGUACCUGCAGCUCUCACAUCAUUGCUAUUUGUCUUUUCUUUGGGUCAGCAGCAUUCAUGUAUCUUAAAUGUUCUUCUCCUGGGUCUAUGGACCUUGGGAAAAUUUCUUCAGUUUUCUAUACUAAUGUGGUGCCCAUGCUCAAUCCCCUGAUCUACAGUUUGAGGAACAAGGAUGUCAGAAUUGCACUGAGGAAAGUCUUGAUUAAAAUCCAAAGGAGAAGCAUGUUCUAA